AAAAACGUUGAGCUUCAUCCGGGUCCGUGAUUGGCUUGUUCAGGGUCACGUGACCGCCGCAUUCUGAUAAGCGGCCAUAUUAGUCAAGCCCAUUCUUUCAUUCGUUUGCGGCACAAAGUAAGGUUUUUUUUUAAGUUUACAAUGGCGACCGCCACUUCCACCCCGGCCGGCCAGAGAAUAAGCACCCGGGCGAGCGGCGGCACUCCUCUGAGCCCCACGAGGAUCACCAGGCUGCAGGAGAAAGAGGAUCUCAGCAACCUCAACGACCGCCUGGCUGUUUACAUCGACAAAGUCCGGAGUCUAGAGUCAGAGAACAGCGUUCUUCAUCUACAGAUUUCUGAAAAGGAAGAGGUGAGGAGCCGGGAGCUGACCGGCCUUAAGUCUCUGUAUGAGACCGAGCUCGCGGACGCGCGGCGCUCGUUGGACGACACCGCUAAAGAACGGGCCAGGCUGCAGAUCGAGCUGGGUAAACUCCGAACCGAGCAUGACCAACUCGUGCAGAACUAUGCCAAAAAGGACGCUGACCUGGCCGGAUGUCAGGCCCGACUGAAGGAUGUGGAGGCGUUAUUGAACACUAAGGAGGCCAGUCUGGCCACAGCUUAUUCUGAGAAGAAAGGCCUGGAGGCCUUGCUAUCAGAUCUGCAAGCCCAGAUCCAGGAGCUGGAGGCCGGACUGGUCUCGGCUAAGAAGCAACUGGGAGAUGAAACUCUGCUGAGGGUGGAUGUGGAGAACCGCUGCCAGAGCCUGAUGGAGGAGCUGGAGUUCCGCAAAAACAUGUUUGAGGAGGAAAUUAAGGACACCCGGCGCAGGCAUGAGACCCGUCUGGUGGAAGUGGACUCUGGUCGCCAGAUAGAGUAUGAGUUCAAGCUUGCGCAGGCCCUGACGGACAUGAGGCAGCAGCAUGAUGAUCAAGUUAAACUCUACAAGGAAGAGAUGGAGCAGACCUAUGCGGCCAAGCUGGAGAACGUACGUCUGUCUUCAGAGAUGAACAGCAGUUCAGCAAGCCUGGCACGGGAAGAGCUGAAGGAGUCUGCUAUGAGAGUUGAGAGCCUGUCAGCUCAGCUGGCCAGCUUGCAGAAGGAGACACGAGGCUGGCAGGAUCGCAUCAGUGACCUGGAGGCUGCUCUGGCUCAUGAGAAGGAUCUGAGCCGCAAGAUGCUGGCUGAUAAAGAGCGCGAGAUCGCCGAGAUACGAGCCAAGAUGCAGCAGCAGUUGGAAGAGUAUGAGCAGCUGCUGGAUGUCAAACUGGCCUUGGACAUGGAGAUCAACGCCUAUAGGAAACUGCUGGAGGGCGAGGAGGAGAGAUUAAAGCUUUCUCCCAGCCCGUCAUCUCGUGUGACCGUGUCUCGAGCCUCGUCUAGCCGCAGCGUUCGCACCACACGUGGGAAGAGGAAGCGUGUGGAUGUGGAGGAGUCUGAGGCCAGCAGCAGCGUCAGCAUCGCCCACUCAGCCUCUGCCACUGGCAACGUCUGCAUCGAUGAGCUGGACGUGGACGGCAAGUUCAUCCGUCUGCAUAACAACUCCGAUCAGGACCAGGCAAUGGUAGGGUUUGAGCUGACCAGAAUUAUUGGAGAAACUUCUGCUACCUACAAGUUCACUCCCAAAUAUGUCCUGAAGGCUGGACAGAAAGUCACCAUCUGGGCAUCUAAUGCAGGUGUGAGCUCCAGCCCUCCCACUGACCUCAUCUGGAAGAACCAGAGCUCCUGGGGCACUGGUGAGAACAUCAAGGUUGUCCUGACCAACCCAGAGGGAGAGGAAGUCGCUGUAAGGAGUACAGUGUUCAAGACUGCCACAGUAGCAGAGGAAGAGGAUGAUGAGGGAUUGGAGGCCAUUGAGGAGGAGCUCUUCCUCCAGCAGGGAGAACCACAAAGAGAGGGCGCCAAGAGAGGCUGCUCGAUCAUGUGAGCGCAGUAACACUACACACCACCUAACUCUUCCACUACAGCCAGGUUCAGCUGCCAACUCUACAACCACCUCAGAACUAUUUUUGUAUCACUUCUGUAUAAUAAACUAAGUCAAGUGGUUUUUUUUUUUUUUUUUUUUUUUUUUUUUUUUAAUUUUAUCAGAUUGUACACCUUUUUGGUACAUUUCUAUUUUAAUUUUAUAUGUGAAUUCAUAAAAGAUACUUUCACAACUUUUCUUUCUUUCUAUGAACCAAAAUUUAGCGAUCAGUGGAGGACCAUAGUGAGACUGAGAGCUCAGUGAUGAGUAGGCAGCUUUUGCAAAAAUCCUCCAGGUGCUGUGAUUUUACCUUAAUUUGUGUAUCUUCCUUUUUUUAAAAAAAACACAACAGCAUUUUAAGGGUCUCUUUAUAGAAAAGUUAUAAUUUUAUACUAGUUUUUGUAGUUUUUAGUCAGACAAGUUGUUGUGUAUAAUGGAAUGUAGACUUAAAUUCAUACAUCGAAGGUAAAAAAACAACAAACAGACUGACCGCUGAUUUCAAAUCCCAGUUUUGAAGAGGGCUGCUGGAUAUAAUCAAAUUGCUGACCUUUUAAGCUCGAGCACUGUUUGAACUACAAUACACCAGAAGGUGGCAGUCUAGAGUCAUUUAUUUGAAUCCUGAUCAGGCGGAAUGUAUACAGUGCCAGUUUUUUCUACUCCUGACUGUGCCAGCAUGCCGAGUUUCAACAACUCCAUGACAGAUACAUGUAACUGAUGAUAAAUUUGGGAGGAGAGGUUAGCAUAAUGCUCAUGAGCUACUGUACUUUACCAGCAGUUUAUGUAAGCAGUCUGUAAAUUGGCUACACGAUAUCUCUCGAGACAAGACACUAAAGCGACGGAUCGUAAUGGUGUCCUUUAUUUAAUUACCUCUUAAGAAUUAGCCUUGGGUGGACUUGCUUGUUUUUUAUUCCAGUUUGUCCUUCUUAUCUUACUGAAUAGUCGUAUGCUUAUAUUUUGCUUUUCAUUUUAACCUUGAGUAGAUUUGUGGGUUGUCUUUUCAUGUCACUUGCAUGCUUUUGCUCUAACCUUUACAAUUUGUAAGGCAAAAUAAAAUUUUGUUGUAUUUUCUA